GUAAUUUUUUAUUCAUAUUCAGACAUUAAGCUGAACAAAAUUUGAUGUGAAGGCAAGAUGCGGCCGGCGUUAGUGUUCUUCCUUUUAUUCGGGAGCUUAUAUGAUUGUGCGAAUGCUAUGGUCAACGUAAAUAUUGAUACCAAGAAGUCUGAUUCUGGUGAGGCUAAUUCGUUCGUUGCAACCUCUGAGUGGCAGGAAAUCCAGCCAGGUCAAGCGAUACCUCGAGGACUUCAUGUCAGGAUCGACAUGACGACCGGUAAGAGAGAAGCCAAGUUACUGGACCCAAGUGAGAAUCGUUCAGGAGGGUCUGUUGCCUCAAUCCCGGUUGAAAAAUCGGAGCACCCAGUCGAUGAAGCUCGUGAUGCGAGGACGUUCACCCACGAAGAGCUCGUUGAGGCCAUGAGAAAAAUGCCUAGUGGUAAUGAUGACAGCAAGUCUGAAAACUCGGAACACAUGGCUGAGAUCAAAAAUAAAUUCCGUAGUUACGAAAAGUUGAAGGAAGACCUGGACUCAUUCAAAGUCAAGCUGAAAACUGAUUAUGAAGUUCUGGAUGGCCUGGUUUCCGAGUAUGAGGUGCUCAAGAAAAACGAGGCAGGAAAACACGUUCGGGGCAUUGCUGCUGUUUUGGAAGAAAUAGAGUUCCAUGUUCAUCGGUUUGAUACUGCCCGUGAUUUUGCGAGUGAUGGUGGUUUUCAACGCAUUGUGCUCCCAUCUUUGAAUUCAACGGAUGCUGACGUUCGGGCAGCUGCGGCAUUUCUUGCCGGAUCUGCGCUGCAAAGUAAUCCAAAAGUGCAGAUCGCUGCUCUAGAGGUCGGGUUGAUCGAAGCGUUGCUGCGAGUGAUAAAGCAGGAUGAAUCUGAACUUGUCAAAAAACGAGCCAUGUAUGCUCUCUCGAGCCUUGUCAGACAAUUUCCGGAGGCUCAGAAACGACUUAUAUCUGCUGGAGGACUGGAUGUUUUCAGCACUGCGUUCGAGAAAAACCGAGAAGACAAGGUUAUGCAGUUGAAAGUCAUCACUCUUCUCAAUGAUUUGGUUGUGGAGCACAACGAUGCUCUGAAUAAUCUGAACUUCUCCAAUGCGGGUCAUCUUGAAAAAUUGCGACAGUAUGAAAACGUGAAUCUACUUCUAGCUGCCAGGAAGAAAGGUUUCUGCGAGUUUAUUCCGAGCCUUCUGGAAUUGCCUGAAAAGGACAGUCGAGAUCGAAGACAAGACCUGAGCUCGGCCAUCAGUGAAGCCAUUCCGAUCAGACCUGAGCACGAUGUCAUUGAGAAAGUACUCGAUGCCAUGAAAACAUUCGCGCCAGUUUGUAAGGAGGAAUUCAGGAAAUCGAGCAUGGAUAUUUGUAAACUCUUACAAAAUUCUUACUCCAAUCUUGCUGACCUUGAAAGCGCAGCGAAAGUUGGAAGCUUUAAAAUGGUGCCCAAUCAUAUUCUGAAUCUUGACGAACCCCGAUGGGAUCAGUCGAGUUAUUUGGGGCGCGCGAAACACUUUUUUGUUACGACAAACCCGUUGAAUGUCUUACGCUCGAGUGCAGAUCUUGAAAAAGCUAAAGAGAUUGUUUCAAAGUACAGGUUUGAUCUCGUCGAGAACGUUUUUAAGCGCAUCAUCGGAAUUAGCAUUGGCUUUUUCAGAGCUGGAACGCAUUUACCGGGAUUAUCGGACGAUGAAAUUUGGAGGGCAAAGCAGCUGUACGACUCUGCGUUCCAUCCCGACACUGGUGAAAAAAUGCUUUUAAUCGGACGAAUGUCUGCUCAAGUUCCAAUGAAUAUGUUAAUCACUGGAUGUAUGAUGACCUGGUACAAGUCAACAGGAGCUGUGAUUUUUUGGCAGUGGGCGAAUCAGUCGUUCAACGCAGCAGUGAAUUAUACAAAUCGCAGUGGCAGUUCGCCUAUUCCAGUUGGGCAGCUGGCGUCAUCUUAUGUAUUAGCCACGUCGAGUGCGCUGGGAACGGCUUUGGGAUUGAACUCACUUGCAAAGGCUUUACCGCCGCUUGCUGGCCGAUGGGUUCCAUUCGCCGCUGUUGCCGCUGCGAAUUGUGUUAACAUACCAUUGAUGCGUCGUCAUGAACUUUCCGCCGGAAUACCUGUCUGGGACGAAUGCAACAACCAAGUAGGUUCAUCUGCUGUCGCAGCGAAACAAGGGAUUGUAUCCGUGUUGUUGAGCAGAAUUUUAAUGGCUUCACCGACAAUGAUUGCGAUUCCACUUUAUAUGAAUCAUUUGGAGAAGAAGGGGGUCUUGAAGCGAAGACCGUGGAUCAGUCUGCCUCUUCAAAUCUUGCUUUGCGGUCUUUUAUUGACUUUUGCCACACCGCUGUGCUGCGCCGUGUUUCCGCAGAAGGCAUCGAUUGCUGUAUCUGAGUUGGAGCAGUCUGUUCAGACUUCAAUUCUGUUGCAAGAACUCCGCCUGAGUUUGGAAAAGCCUCUCCCCGAGCGACCCGCGUUAAUAACUCCAUUAUUGAAGCGGAUGUCGCUUCGUGAAUUGUGUCUAGCGUUUCCUGUCGUAGUAGAAAACGUGUUCGGUGCCAGUCCAGAUGCAACAAUGACCACGAGAUGUGGCUGGAGAUUGGAGUCAUAUACGGAUAGACUGGAUCCCUACGGAUUCCGUCUCCUCCACGACUUUCUGAAGCCCAAGGGAGAGCUCAUGAAUUUCGUUUCCAAGUUGACUGCUGAAGCGUCGAUCAAGUUUCCGUUCCCCAUUAGCCGUUUGCCGGAUGGUUUCAAAGUGCAACUGAAGCAUGGGGAACUGUCUCCCUUCUUCGCCGAAAGAUUUGAUCAAAAAGGACCCGUUGAUCCUCAUCCGGGAUUAUCACUUUUUCUUGAUCCAUUCGAGUUCUUGGUUUUCCACUUGGUGGCCUACGCAGUUAACCCAGAACGUGAGGGUUCCAUGGCAUGUCCUGGGUACACUGACACCAUAACUCGCAUGACACAGUUCAACGCCGGCGGACGGUUUUUACCUCUUUGCAGUCCGCCGCAUUCACUCACAGAAGCUUGCAAAGGCACACUGUACAUGUUUCUUAUAGACGGCUAUUUUGAGUAUUUCUUUUCCGGCGACAGUGACGCAGCUGCCAUGUCCACCACUGUCAAUGUGGCAAGCAGCGCUCAAUCUCCCAUUAGUCGCCUGCCACUGAUGCAUCAAAAUUCAUCUGCCACGCCGAGAUACCUCUCGCCUCUGAUAAAAGCCUCGGCGUUGAUUGAGCGGUCUUUGAUGAAUGGCACCGACGAUGGCAGUUCGAAAAUUUCUGCAAAAUUUGAUUCCGCGGGAACGAGAAGAGGGCAAAUUAUGCUGGAAGCUGUGACACAUUUUUGGCUCGCUCUUCCACCGCAGUUUGGUGGACCAUCGAUGUGUUCGAAAAUGGAUGCAGAUAUGUUGGCUGCAAGGAAUGCGUCGCCAUCUUCUGUGGUUAUUGAAGCUCCGUUUAUUUUGCCAUCUGUGGAGCUGGUUACUUACGCGAGGAUAGUGGUGAAGCAUGUACACUUCUUCCUCAAUGGACUCCCAAAGACUGCGCAGUCACAGCGACAAAUGGAAAAUCUUCGCAGGCAAACUAUCCAAACUCUGCGAGCGGCUUUGUAUCCCUUUCUGAAGCAGCUCUUCCAACGAACUCCCCUCGAUGGAACUUUCCGGAUGAUUUUGGAACUUUGGCUUAGUUUCAUACAGCCUUGGAGAUACGUUGAUCUGAACUCGCUGGAAGGUGGACCAAGGGCUGGACCUCAGGAAAUCGGAGAAGAAUGGGAGAGCUUUAUAGCGGAGCAUUACGUGUUCUACUCGGUGCUUUUCAAAGCCGCUAUUUGGCGAUUUGCGAGGAUGGAAUUAAAUUCCCCGCGUUUGUCCGUUUGUCUGUUCCGCGCUGCAAAGGUUUUUGGAACUCCGAAUUUGCGGCAAAUUUUGCGAAUGCUGGAUUCAGAAGUUGGACAAGCGCUAACCUACAGAAAAGGAUUGACCACUUUCCAAUCUCCUGGUGGCAGUCAGUCUACUCGUUACAGCGCGGGCGUAUCGAACUUUUCGUUUGAUAGCCACUUUCGACUUGCCUCAAGGAUGACGAACAGUGGUGGUAAAGCUGUUCAGAGUUUUAUUGAAUUCGGAGGAAAUGAUCAGGAAUUCUUAUUUUCGGAAAGUACGUUGACGAUGGUUGUAGAAUUGAUGAGGAAUAUCCGAAGCGUUCAGCAGAACCUGGAUUUCCAAGUCCGCGCGCGAUCCAUGCACAGUAACGCGACCGCUAGUGGGGAUUUCUUGCACGAAGCCCUGGAAUCGUGCUCAUCCUUCAAGUCGAAGUUUCUGUACGGUGUUGGUUCAGUUCGAAAAGCAGUUUCAGAUUUGGCUAACAGCUUCGCGAGCUCUGAUUCCCAUCCUUCCAAAGCCAUGGCCAACGGUGUUGACGAAUCUUCUCCUCCGAAUGACCCCGAUAAAUUAAUGGGCUCUUUCGACAAUGCGAUCAAAUUCCUGGAGGAAUUCUUCGAGGUAAAAUCUCCGCCAAAACUUGAUCUUCCCGAAAAUCUGCAAGAAACCCUGGAAGAGUCUAUGUUGGCUGGGUCGUCCUUGCUUGGGAGUCCCAUGCAUCGCAGGACGUGCAAAAAAAUUGCAGGAUUUGAAAUUGAUCAAACGGGUGUCCUGAAGCCGGCAAAAAUCCCGAUUGGAAAUCCAGAUCGCCUCAUCCCACAGUCAUCCGAGUACGCUUGGAUCGUGCUUAUGCUCCUGGAUAUUUCGGAUUACAUAAACUGGAAUUUGGGUGAAAAAGUGGUCGAAUUGUACAACAAUCCAUCCUGGCGAGGUCGAUUUGCUAGGCCGUUCAUACGUGAUCCACAGUCCUACGACGAAUGCCAGAAACUCGGCUUUGGCCAGUUGAAGACGACGAGAAAAAUUCUCCCACCACGGAUUUGUUUGAGGCGGCUAGGCAAACGUUGGGUAGUGAACUUGGCUUGCUUCGUUUUCGUAUUGCGGAUGUUUGGCUUGUGUCCUUUGGACACGGCUGAAAUUCUCGCCGUGUUGAUCAUCAUCACGAUUUUGUAUAGCUUGAAGGGUGCAUUUUUUGACAAAACGCCUGAGCCCUUCCGUUCUUCCGCACCCGAUGUGGGAUUUCGUGAUGAAUGAGUGCAUUAUUUUCUAGGGGUUUUGGUCUCGUUACGUCUUGUUCUGGCUUUUUUUAAACGAUUUUCUGAAAAAUGCAGAUUUUUCGUUACGAA